GUGAGCGACUUACAAAAGGUGGCGAAAAGUGGGGACUUGAACUUCUCUGCACCACCAACCAUCAAGACCAUCCGCUCUCAAAUUGACAUGCGAAUUGUUCAUCUCUUCGUCCUGCUGCUUGUUCUCUUCGCCACCAUCGCUCUGUCCAUGGAUGGAGGUAGCAGCAGAGAUCCAGACAAUCCAGAUAGGUCAAAAGUUCAAAAUCCGAAACGAAGCCUCGAGCAAAAGCUCAAAUACCUGCUCGCCCGCAAGAAUAAAGUGGCAGCGAAAUUAUACGACGCAACACGUAACCUUGAUGGCCUCGAGAACAGGUUCGACAAAGCACCUGACAUCCUCAGAGACGAGCUGGCUCCCGAGCUGUAUAGUGCUAAAGAAUGGCAUGGGCACUACAGUGAGGAGUUCACAAAGCUCGAGAAUCGCAUCGCCGAAGUCGAGAAGUCGAUCGAGGAUGGAACUGAAGCUGGACCAAGCGGUGAAAAACCCUAGACAAGCUUGUCGAAAAUUCUACUUCCCUUCUCUUCCGUCACACUACCGUG